GUUUAGCUAUAUAAAUCCCCGUCCAAUUAAUCUGUCACGCUAUUUGUCUCUCUAUAUACAUGUGGUUUUGAAGACAUGUAGAACUGCUCUCUUUAAACAUAUAUUUGUCUUAUUUUUCUUCACUCCACCGCUGCCUCUUUAUCUAGCUAAAGGUUCUUCCGUUGGCCAAGGAGGGAACUCGAAUAAACUCCCGAUGGCGUACCAGGGGAGUAACACCUCGACGGUGGUGCCAGAUUGGCUCAACAAAGGUGACAACGCAUGGCAGAUGGUCUCUGCCACGCUGGUGGGCAUGCAAGGCAUGCCAGGCCUCGUCCUCCUCUACGCCGGAAUCGUCAAAAAGAAGUGGGCUUUGAACUCGGCAUUCAUGGCGCUCUACGCGUUCGCCGCCGUCAUGCCUUGCUGGGUCCUCUGGGCCUACAAGCUCGCCUUCGGCCGCCGCAUCCUCCCCUUCUGGGGCCGACCCGGCCUCGCCACCGACCAAGAAUUCUUGGUCUCCCAGGCCUUGCUUCCGGCCACCUUACACCAUCACUCGAGUGGGGAGGUGGAGGCGCCGGCGGUGCAGCCGUGGUACCCGACGGCGUCGAUGGUGUUCUUUCAGUUUGCCUUCGCGGCGGUGACGGUGAUGCUGCUGGCCGGGGCGGUGUUGGGGAGGAUGAGCGUGAGGGCGUGGAUGGCGUUCGUGCCACUGUGGAUAACCUUCUGUUACACCGUGGGGGCGUUCAGCAUAUGGGGUGGGGGUUUCUUGUUCCACUGGGGGGUGAUGGACUACUCUGGUGGAUAUGUUGUUCACCUGGCAUCCGGGGCAGCUGGUUACACUGCCGCUUACUGGGUUGGUCCGAGGCUGAGGAAGGACAAGGAUGAGUUCCCUCCCAACAAUCUCUUGUUCAUGCUUGCUGGAGCCGGGAUCUUAUGGCUAGGCUGGACUGGCUUCAAUGGUGGAGACCCCUUCGCCGCAAAUGUGGACUCAUCAGUUGCAGUUCUCAACACCCACAUAUGUGCAGCAACAAGCGUCUUGACGUGGACUUGCUGGGAUGUUGCCAGCCAAGGCAAACCCUCUAUUGUGGGAGCCAUCCAGGGAAUGAUCACUGGGCUUGUUUGCAUCACUCCUGCUGCAGGCCUGGUUCAGGGAUGGGCGGCGCUGAUAAUGGGCGUACUAUCUGGGAGCAUUCCCUGGUAUACCAUGAUGCAUCUGAACAAGAGAUCAAGGCUGCUGCAAAAGGUGGAUGACACGCUUGGUAUACUGCACACCCAUGCUAUUGCUGGAAUUCUUGGUGGUGCUUUAACAGGCCUCUUCGCUCAUCCCGACCUUUGUAGCAUGUUCCUUCCGGUCACCAACUCCAAAGGCGCCUUCUAUGGCGGCUCCGGCGGCAUCCAGUUCCUGAAGCAGCUGGCGGGUGCAUGCUUCGUCAUAGGUUGGAAUGUUGUGGUUACGUCCAUCAUACUGCUUGUCAUUCGAGUUUUCAUACCGUUGAGGAUGUCCGAGGAACAACUGAUGAUUGGGGAUGAUGCAAUUCAUGGAGAAGAAGCAUACACAAUGGGAGACAAUCCCAGCAUUGUACAAAAUGGUUUAAACAGAGAUGAUGUUGAGAACCAAACUCUGUGACAAAAUUGUAUAAGCUGAUGAAUAUAU